CCUACUGUAUAUGUUUUGGUCUUCAAUAUUUCAGCGUAAAAGGUUUCUUUCAAUUUUAAUAUGGCUAGAAUUGUCUAUUUCCAGAGGACAAUUUGUCGUAUGAGAACUUAUCCUAUUGUCCAAAGUGGACGUCAACUAUCAAGUUUACAAACCAAAACAUUGCGUGAAAAUAAUGAUGGCAUUGAAUUCGACACGACGCAUCGAUUUUUCCAGUCCAAGAAACUCAGUGAAAUAUUUCGCUCAUUGGCGAUUCUAAAGCUUUCUUCUUACGACACAAUUGUCAAUAACAGUUUACCGUUGAUGAAUUUUGCAGAAAGAGUCCUUGGUAAAACAAUKUUUGAAAAGCUGAUGAAGAAGACCAUGUACAUUCAAUUUGUUGCUGGUGAAGAGUACGAUGAUAUUCAAGAAAGAAUUGCUCACUUACAAGAAAAUGGAAUAGGAACGAUCCUUUGUGUACCAGCAGAAGAGGAUUUUAUUGAAGACACAGAUUUAUUUGACAGCAAAGAACCACUUUUUGACAGGAAUACUGCAGCUUUACAUGAGUGCAUAGACAAAACAGCUAGUGGAGCUUUUGCUCAAAUGAGAGUUUCUGUACUGUGCAGUCCUUCACUUUUGACAUACUUAACUAGCCUACUGAAGCCUUAUGAGACAGAAAUUGAAAAACCAGAUGGUCUAGACAUAAAAAAUCUGRCCAGAGGAUUUGAUACUGAUAAAUAUCAUUUAGAUUUAGUACCUAGUCUCUCUCCUAACAAAAACAGACAUCUUCAAAAUUCUCUGCGUCGAAUGGAUGSCUUGGCAGAGCACAGCAAAAGAAGAAAUGUCCGUCUACUGUUUGAUGCCGAGCACACUUACAUGGAGGGCGCAAUACAUCAAAUGUCUCUUACACUUCAAAGCAAAUACAACAGAAAARUACCAUGGGUGUACCAAACAUAUCAGGCCUACAGAAAAGACACUGUAGACAGACUAAGAGCUGACUUGCAGCUGAUGUCAAAUGAAGGAUUUCACUUUGCAUCAAAGCUUGUCAGAGGUGCUUAUAAAGACUCUGAAAGGAAGAGAGCACAAGACCUYGGAUAYGAGGAUCCUAUUCACAACACUUACCAAAACACAUGUGAUGCAUACAAUGAGUGUCUAGAAAUGAUCUUAGAUAAAGUUGCCCACACWCCAGCAAAGAUAAUGGUAGCAACUCAUAAUGAAGAUUCUAUAAUUUUAGCAACGAACAGGAUGGCCGAGUUAGGAAUUGACAAAAGAGAAGGAAAAGUGUCAUUUGCACAGRUUUAUGGAAUGGCUGACCAAAUAUCAUACUUAUUAGGUUCAAAGGGAUAUGAAAUCUACAAGUCUGUUCCUUAUGGACCAGUCAGUAGCACGCUUGCCUAUUUAGCACGACGUGCAGCAGAAAAUARAGAUGUCGUUAAAAGAACKMAAAAAGAAAGGUCUUUGAUGUGGAAGGAGCUUAGAUACAGACUGUAUUCCACACAGAAAGAAGCUCACUACAAACUUUCACAAGAAAGGAAAUAAGCAAAGGAAAUUGUAUUAUUAAUUGUAAAUAUUAAGACUAAAUUUACAGGUAAAGUAUAAUGCCCAAAUGUUACAUGUAUAAUCACAACUUAAGUUAAUAGUAUGGGAGAUUGCUAUGAAUUCUCUUCUAUAGCCUCCCUACAUCCAGUUUAUUCUAGUAAUUUAGAAGGUAAAUGCKGGAUGAAUCUCAGGCUAUUGGACAAGGUGCUGUAGUUAAAAAAUUACACUUCUUGUACGUGGUAAGAAAAAAAAAACUUUCCAACAGACAAUGUCUGGCCAAAACGUUAGUUUGUUGACAUUUCAAAUCCUUUUGUAAAUAGACAUGUAUUUUAGCAAAAAUGUCCUUUAACCAGUCAAACUUAAAUAUCAAUUGUAAAUUGCAUAUGUUACUCAAAAAGAAGUAACGUAUUUGUAAAUAAUAUAUUUUUGUAGCUUAGAACUAAAAUAACAUUUAAUGUUUUUCUAAAAGAGAAUUUUGCCAAAAGCUCGAUAUUAUAUUGUGUACAUGAAUAUUUUCUCCUAAAAAGGAAAUUGUACACUUUCUUUAUAUCUUGAAAGAGCAAUAAACUUGUGAAACAAUAUCAAUAUUCCUCAGAACAAGAUUAAUAUGUCUUGUUGAAGUGCAAACCCUGACAGAAACUUGUGAACCUCCCUGUUCAUAUUAUUCAUUCACAGUUCCUUUUACUGUACUGAAGACCUAGUAUAUCACCCUGGAUGCUAUGCAGCUCUUGAACAGAAGUGCUUGUUUCUGAUUUUUGGUCUGUUUUGCAAUACAAGAUUUGAAGCUUAAGCURCCUGUGAUAAUUYACACRCUGUUAUYAUUUAUCAUUUUCUUGCUUCAUUGAMAGCUCAGCAAAUUGAUGAACAAGGCUAUUUUAAUCACMACCUUAUAGUAGCCUGAAACAGCCGUCAUAAUAUUGUGUAAUGUCACAAAAACRUGUACAAAGGAUCCAGGGUGAUACUGGUCCUUUGAAAUACAAUGAUACAGUAUCUGUGCCAUUGUAUGAUUAUAAGUUUGUUGUACAAGCUUUGGGUAGCCWGCAUAGCCAGGCGUUCCUAGCUGCUCUUAGAGAGUUUGGGCUGGAGAAAUCCAGAAGUGACCAAUUCUGUGUUUUACAACUGUUGUGAGAAUCCCAUUACGAAACAGGCAGUUAAUCAUGCAUUCUUAUGAGGAGGUGUUUUUAAAAUUUAUUAACGCUGCAGGCAGGCAUUGCCCCUGUGUUUCUCCAGCUUAAACUCUCYCAGAGCAGUUAGGAACCCUAGUUACGAAGGCUAGCUUGGUUCCCUGGUUUAAUUUAGUUCACUGUUCAUCUUGCUGCUAUGCCAAGCCACAGUAACUUUCAAGAUAUUGCAGGGAAAAUUUUUAAGGAAUUAAUUUUAUCAUUAGGCUUGAUUUUGUUUCACAGAUUAAUGUCUCAUUUAGUAUUUUGCUUUAUCUUAUAUGUUAUAAUUGUUAUUUCUUUAAAGGACCAUGUGCAUCCCAGGAACCUUUGCAUUAUUUUCUUGCAUAUGAAAAUUCACCAUCUUUGAUUUUAAACCAAUCAGAAAGCACCUUAAAGCAAGAGGUCAUUUUGUAAUACAAAGGAUUGCAAAAGAUCUUCUUGGGUGCACAUGGACCAUAUUAGAUAAAUAAAAUUUGUUGUAGAUUUAAAUAAAGAAACGAAAGAAAUAAAAAUAAUAUUGGUAUGUCACCUCUAGCAACAC